CAACUCGCAAUUCAUCACCUGUUCUCUCAUCAUCAGCAGCACUCGAUCAAUCUUGUUCUACCAUCCAGAUUCCCGACCCUCAUUCCAGUCACUCGUUUUCAGUCGCUCGUUUGCAACAACCCCCAACCAUCAAAAUGAAGUUCUCCCUCAUCGUAUCUGCCAUUGCUUUAGCCUCCUCCGCUAUGGCCAGCCCACCAGGCUACAGCUCUUGGCCAUCCCAGUGCAUUACCCAGAAAGAGGCAGAGGCCUACAUCAAAACCUUCAUCGGAGUCUUAGGCCAAACCGACAAGAACGCCGCCCAAACAGCCGACAAAAUCAUCGCAGACGACUUCGUCGAGUACUCCAACUCGAUCCUAUCUCUCCAACACAAAGCCAUCGCACCAGGCGACAACAUCUCCGCCCCAAACAAAGCAACCUGGACCGCCGGCGUCCUCCACUCCCCACAAAUCAAAGGCAUCACCACCAAAGCCGUCAUCGCCGACUGCAACCACAUCGUGUGGAAAUGGAAUUUCCUCGGCGUCGGGAGCGCUCAGUUUCCUGUUAAUGGAUAUAAUUUCUUUACUAUGACCCGUAAGGGAAAGCAGCUUCAGGCUCAGAGACUUGAUUUGGAGUUUGAUAGUAUUGCUUGGGGGCUUGAUAUUGGGGAGAAGGUUAGUUAUCAGGAUGGGGUUACUUUGCCCGCGGCGAAGUAAAUGUGGAGGUAGAAUGUGGGAAGGGGUGGAUGGGAUGUCGUUGGUGGAUCGAUUGAUCGAAAGUCGUCGCUCUUUGGUACGUUCCGGUAUGAAAUGUAUUGAUCAUGUGGAUUCUGC